AUGUCCGAUCAUGAACAGGACUCUGAUGGCUCCUUCCAAGACACCCAGGAGAACGGCCCAGACCGCCAGCGGCUAUUCGAGGCCCUCUCCGACGCGUCCCGUACCUUCCGAACCCGGACUCAGGAUCCCACCGCCUACCAAGACGCUUUGGAGACCGUCAGCGUUAUCAUGCAGGCGGCCUUCCCGAACGUGAAAGCUGAUCAGAUCCUUUUCGCGCUUGCGAGCCCCAUCAUGUCUGCGACUCUUUCGCAGGACUCCGAUACUCCACUGAGGUUUGUCCUCAACUCCAUCAUGGCGCCCACCCUUCUCGCUUUCGGCACCAUCUCCACGUCGAUGUACGGAUCUCAAGCCUCAUUGGGUCUAGAGCUUGGGUCCCUUGUUUUCGCGACGGGCGCAGCUACGGAGCUUACACUGGUUGCUGGGUCAGACAUCCCUGUCCCGAUCGUUGAGCCUGCAGUCUUGGCGAGUCACGCACUGAUACUCCUCGCCUGCUCGCCGAGGGCGAUAUCGUUCUGCCGGGACCGACUCCGAGCCGCCAAGAGCCUGCUUGACGGGCGGCCGGGACCGGAAGCCGAUCAGCACAAGAACAAGGUGGAUUGA